GUCGCUCGCCCGCUGGCCUUUCGCUCGACAGCAUCGAGAUGAUCGGCGGCCAAGGACUCACCGACGCAGACAUGGCCCCGUCGAGGUUCAAAUCGCCCGAGUUCAUCGGGUAUCUGACCGUCUCUGUCGUCGGCAUCUCGUCUCUUUUCUGGAUUGCCCACGGUGUCAGCGCUGAAUCACACCCAAACUUCCACAAAUACUCCCACCGUCUUUCAAGGGGAUGGCUUGGCUUGCAAGUGGACAACAGCGACGGGCAGUAUGCCACCUUCAGAUCCAACAUCUUUGUCCUAGUGGCCGUGAUGUGCACCUAUCUGUUCAUGAGCUUCCUGGUGCCGAUCCUGGUUCCCCUGGCUGCUCGCCUCGUCAGUGGGCGAUUACUCCGUCAUGAGCCAGCGCAAGUUAGACGAAUCUACACCUUGGCAUUCUCGCUCGUCUUCAUCUAUGUGCUCCAUGGAAAUGGCCUUUUCAAGAUCCUGCUUAUCCUCCUGGCCAACUAUGCAAUCGCCAAACUGGGCAAGGGGUCGUUACUGACGCCGAUUGGCGCUUGGGUCCUGGGACUCUCCAUCCUCUUCCUGAACGACCGGUAUCAAGGCUACAAGUUUGCCUCAGUGACCCCGCUGCUUGCGUCUCUGGACCGCUCGACCGGACUGAUGGGCCGAUGGUGGAUCACAUUCAACUUUUCGGUUCUUCGAAUGAUAUCUUUUAGUAUGGAUUACUUUUGGAGUCGCACACAGCCCCAAGGCCCUCCGAAGCCACAUCGGAAGCACUGCGAAGAAUGUCUGGCUGGACGGAUAUGCCAGCGGGGUCGGUCCGAGGAUCACCUCAAUGAAACCGACUACAACCUCUUCAACUAUUAUCUGUAUGCACUCUAUGUGCCCCUGUUCAUGGCGGGGCCGAUUUUGAGCUUCAACGACUUUGUCGCACAGACCAAAACCUGGUCUCUACGGCUGACCAAGGCCACACUUGUGUAUGCUGCUCGCUGGAUAGGCGUCGUCGUGCUCAUGGAGGUGAUGCAGCACACUCUGUAUGUGGUGGCGAUUGCCAAAUCCAAAGCGUGGGACGGGUUCACUCCCGCGCAGAUCGUGGCUGUCGGAUUCAUCAACCUCAAGUUUAUCUGGAUGAAGCUCCUGAUUAUCUGGCGAUUCUUCAGACUCUGGGCGAUGGCAGACGGCAUCGAGACCACCGAGAACAUGAAUCGAUGCAUGACCAACAACUACUCGGCCAUGGGAUUCUGGCGAUCGUGGCACCGCUCGUUCAAUCGCUGGCUGAUCAGAUACGUCUAUGCGCCUCUCGGCGGGGCCCAAUACUAUGCCUACAACGUGUGGAUCGUGUUCACGUUUGUGGCUCUGUGGCACGACAUAUCCAUGACGCUUCUGGCCUGGGCCUGGCUGAUUGUGCUGUUUAUCAUGCCCGAGAUCGUGGCCACAAGACUGUUUGUCCGGGAACCAUAUACCCGCUGGAGGCACUUUCUCGCGAUCUGCGGCAUCGGGGCCGUCUUCAACAUAUGCUUCAUGAUCGUGGCGAACCUGGUGGGCUUUGCCGUCGGCGUCGAGGGCAUGACGUUGAUGCUGAAACAGACCUUCGUAUGGAGCUGGGGAGGCGCGGGCUUCCUCGUGGCGGCCUUCGCAACGCUCUACUGCUCGGCUCGGGUGAUGUUUGCUAUUCGCGAGGCCGAGGCGUCCCGAUCGGACAACCGCCGCGAUUGAGCUGUGGGUGCAAAUCGAAGCGCGGCACAGCACGACCCUCCGCAAUAUAUGGGGUGCUCCUCGCCAAUACAUGCGUGACCUUCCGCAAUUCAAGCAUG